AAUGCAAACGUGCUGGGGACCAACAGCACCAUUCUGGCAGCCUCCACUGGGGAGGGAGUGUGUCCUCUGACAGCUUCUCCUCAGGAUCCAGCUUCCCAGGUGCCAUGGUCACCCACCUGCUCUUCCUGGGCAUUCUCUUGGUGCUGCCCCCACCAGCCCCAGCUCCCUGCUACACAGCUGGGCCUUCAGAGUGCAAACAGAAGCGCAACUUUGUGCCGGGUGCGUGGCUGGCCGGGGAAGGUGUGGACGUGACCAGCCUCCGCCGUUCACGCUCCUUCCCUGUGGACACCCAGAGGUUCCUGAGGUCGGAUGGCACCUGUACCCUCUGUAAAAAUGCCCUGCAGGGGGGUGCUGUGCAGCUACUGCCUGUGGCACUGACCCACUGGCGUGCAGAGGGGCCUGGCUGCCAGCGCCAUGUAUCCAGAGCUGAAGUCAGUUCCACGGAGGCCGUGGCCCACGACGCGGCUUCCAGCAUCACCAAUGACUGGAAGGCAGGGCUGGAUGUGGCUCCCCACCCCAGCCACAACAUGCACGUGUCUGUAGCUGGUGCACACUCCCAGGCAGCAAACUUCGCAGCGGAGAAGAGCCACCGGGACCAGUACAGCUUCACCAUGGAUAAGGUGGAGUGCCGCCUGUACAGUUAUCGCCUGGUGCACACUCCCCCGCUCCACCCUGAUUUCAGGAAGGCUCUCCAGGAACUGCCCCCCAACUUGAACGCCUCCACCGAGCCUGACUACCACAAGCUCAUCUCUGAGUACGGCACCCACUUCAUCCGGGGUGUGGAGCUGGGUGGCCGCAUCUUGGCCCUCACCGCCUUGCACACCUGCGAGCUGGCCCUGAAUGGGCUUACGGCUGACGAGGUAGGGGACUGCCUGACUGUCGAGGCCCAGGUCAGCAUCAGCAGCCAGGCCAGUGCCUCAUCUGAAUACAAGGCCUGUGAGGAGAAGAAGAAGCAGCACAAGAUGACGACCUCCUUCCACCAGGCCUACCGUGAGCGCCACUGUGAAGUGGUUGGUGGGCAGCAGGAAUCCAUGUAUGACCUGUUGUUCGGGAGCAAAGCUGGGCCCGAGCAGUUCUCAGCCUGGGUGACCUCUCUGCCCAAGAAUCCCAGCCUGGUAGACUACAGCCUGGAGCCCUUGCAUGUGCUAGUGGGGAACCAGGACCCACGGAGGGAGGCACUGAAGCAGGCAGUGAGCAAGUACCUGAUGGGCAGGGCACGCUGGAGGGACUGCAGCCGGCCCUGUCCGCCGGGGCAGCAGAAAAGCCCCCACAACCCGUGCCAGUGUGUGUGCCUGGGCUCAGCAGUCACCACCAGGGACUGCUGUCCAAAACACAGGGGCCUGGCCCGGCUGCAGGUGACCAUAGUCCAAGCUAAGAAUCUGUGGGGGGACUGGUUCACUGCUACAGACGCCUAUGUGAAGGUCUUCUUUGGCAAGCAGGAGUUGAGGACCGGCACAGUGUGGAACAAUAACAACCCCAAGUGGGCCACCCGGCUGGACUUUGGAGAGGUGCUCCUGGCCACAGGGGGGCCUCUGAGGGUGCAAGUCUGGGAUGCAGACCAUGGCUGGGAUGACGACCUCCUCGGCUCUUGUGACCGGUCUCCGAUAUCUGGCUCACAUGAAGAGAAGUGCCACAUGAACCACGGGGACCUGACAUUCCACUACAGUGCCAGUUGUCUGCACCACCUGACAGGGGCAACCUGCAUGGAAUAUGCCCCACAAGGGCUUCUGGGGGAGCCUCCGGGGAACCGGAGUGGGGCUGUGUGGUAACUACAGAGGACUCUGAGAGGACCAGUGUGCUCUGACACAAGAUCUCACUGUGGGAGCCAGGGCCUGUCUUCAUGUUCCCAUCCCAGGUUUCAAACAGGCUUUUUUAUUUUUAAACGUUACUGAGGGUUGAAUGCAGGGCCUCAUCCAUGCAAAGCAAGCGUUCUACCAC